AUGUUUGAGAGGAAAGACUUCAGAAGUCUUUUAUGCUUGUUCAAACUUAUAGACGAAGAUGAGAUGCACUACAAAUACAAAGUGAGUGAGCGGGUAAAUCCGGGGGUGACACGGAUGAAGGAGCUUAUGCAUGAUAAAGAUGCCGAUAAAGCUUAUUGCAGCUGCAAAGGUUUUGAAUUUUAG